ACAAACGGCCUAAUAAGUCGGAGUGAGUUCUUGUUAGGACGCGAAUCAUAGUUAAUUGCCAACUAUGUCAAUCGCAAAUGUACUUGAAAUCGCGAGAAAAUAUCCUUGUCGAGAGCAAAUAAUCACAGAACUAAACGAUCUCAUCGGCAGCCCAUCAGAACCGCUUCCAAAUGCAAUUUACGUUUACGGCCACACAGGAACCGGGAAAACCGCGAUUGUAACUGAAUUUCUGCAAUCACUCCCCAUCAAAUCGAAGAUCCUCAGCUGCAUUGAAUGCUACACCAGCAAAUUACUCUACGAACAUGUCCUCAAUUCAUUCUACUCACACACAGUGUCCAAAUCCAACAACUACACGCCAUUCGUAAAAUGCGAAUCAAUGCACGGUUUCAUUGAAAGUUUGCGUCAACUUCCGGCCGAUUCUUCUUACAUCAUCUGUUUGGAGGACGCAGAACGGCUUCGCGACAUGGAUAUCAACAUUCUACCCACAGUACUACGCCUCCAAGAAAUGACAGGGUUGAAUAUUUGCACGAUUUUGAUCUCUCAACUGCCAUUCGAUAAGUUCUACUUGAAAACGGGCUUGGUGGAGGUUCAAACGAUUUUCUUCCCUCAAUACACGAAAGCGGAAACUCAGACGAUCCUGGGAAAUGAUUUUGUGAAUGUGAAAAAACGUUUGGCGUCGAAACUGGACAACAAUGAAUGGUCUAAGAUUCUCGAUGAUUUGGAAAGUGAUUUCUACGAUAACUACCUGAAUAUCUUCCUUAAUGUGUUCUAUCGCGCCUGCCGUGACUUUCCGGAAUUAAGAUCGAUAUCCAGAGAUUGCUUUCAAGUCUAUGUGGAGCCUGUGUUGAAUGGAACCAUCGAUCGGAAUGAUGUAAGCAAACUCUGGCGAAAUAUUUCAAAGCCUUUGAGCGCUGCCUUGACUGCAGUUUAUAUGAGGAUGGAUUCCGCAGCAGAGAAUCAAUCCAACAAAGCAUUAGAAGACAACCAAAGCUUCAAACGAAUCUCACAAUCUGUGGAACUGCCCUACUACGCAAAAUAUCUUCUAAUAGCUGCAUAUUUAGCCAGUCACAAUGCAGCUAACCAAGAUAAACGGCUUUUCGUCAAAAAUCAUGGGAAGCAAAAGAAACGACUCCAAACAGUCAACGCUCAAGCAAAGGUAACAGAGAAAAUGCAAACCAACUUGGGCCCAAAAUCGUUCACGGUCGAUCGUCUAUUAGCAAUAUUCUAUGCAAUUCUAGAUGAAAAGGUCGGGUUGACCUGUAAUUUAUUAUCGCAAAUUUCAAGUUUGGUUCAUUUGAAGUUUUUGUCUUUUGUCUCUGGGGAAGGGAAUCUAAUGGAAGGAUCUGCGAGAUUACAAUGCACCGUUGGCCUUGAUUUCGUUUCACAUAUUGGAAGAAUCGUUGGAUUUAAUGUUAUGCAGUAUCUGUGUGAUUUUAUGUAACAAAAAUAUUUAUUUAAUAUAUUGGUAGUAUAUUGCUCGA